UGGCAGAGGGCGCAGGUGGUGAACGUGGCUGCUGUGUGGUGUCUCCAGCACAAAUCUUCGCUCCCUUGGGGUUCCACUAUGCUCAGACAACUUUGGCUCCUAGCGCUCUGGUUGCUGGGCUCUAGUCCUGCCCUGGCUGAAGUUCAGAGCUGUCACGCCUCCAGGGUCCAGUCUUCAGUGGUCUCCAGCUGCCAGGCUCAACACCAUGAGACACUGCCAGAAAUUGACCCAUCCACCCAGAUCCUUCUGCUGAAUUUCAACCUCCUCUCCAACAUCUCGGCCUCCUCCUUCCCCAGGCUGGAGAGGCUCAGGAAGCUGUCUCUGGGAUGUCAGCUGGGGGGAUCACUCUCCAUUGGAGAGAAGGCCUUUGAGAAGGUGGCCAAUAUCACGUUCCUGGACCUCGGGGGCAACAGGAAGCUGAGCCUCCAACCCACGGCCUUGGCAGGCUUGCGGCAGCUCGAGGUGCUCCUGCUGGAUGCCAAUGGCCUUGAUGAGACCGUGCUGGAGGGUGGCUACUUCCAGGAUUUAGUGUCCCUCAAAAGGCUGGAUCUCACAGGGAACCAGAUAAAGAGGCUGAGACCCGAUUCCUUUUUUCAAGGCUUGAAGCUGCUGGCUGUCCUCCAGCUCCGGCUUAACAAGAUCAAGACAAUCUGCGGGGAGGAUCUGACCCACCUUGGGGGACGACACCUGUCCCUCCUAGAUCUCUCAUCCAAUCUGCUGUCCUAUAGGGACCCUUGGAACAACCACUCCUGCCCCAGUCCCUUCCGCAACAUCACAGUGGAAACCCUGGAUGUAUCCUCCAACUCAUGGGAUGUGGGUAGUGCUGAACGGUUCUUUAAGGUCAUGGCAGGUGCCCAGAUACGGCAUCUGAAGUUGCAGCACUCGGGGGCCAUUGGGAGGGGGUUCGGGUUCAAUAACCUGCGGGGCCUCUCUGCCAGCACCUUCUCAGGGCUCAGCCAGAGCAGGGUCCUCUCUUUCGACAUGUCUCAUGGCUUCCUCUCCAAGCUGGGGCCUUUGGUCUUCUCGGGUCUCCCUGAGCUGCGUGCACUGCGCCUGGCAUCCAAUCAGAUCCACGAGAUCCGUGGGGAGGCCUUUGCUGGACUGCAGCACCUCUGGACCCUGGACCUCUCGCACAAUCUGCUGGGGGAGCUGAACAUGGAGUCUCUCCAGAGCCUAAGCUCUUCCCCACUGCUGCACCUCAACCUCAAGUCCAACCACAUUGGGGCCAUCCAGCACAAUGCCCUGGAGGGACUGAGGACCCUGCGGACGCUGAAUCUGCAGGACAAUGCCCUCUCGCGCGUGCUGCCAGGGCGGCUCCCUGCCCUGGAGCGCCUGCUGCUGGGCCAGAACAGGAUCAAGGACGCCUGGGGAAUCGGGAAGCUUUCCACGAAUCUGACCUUCCUCGACUUGUCUUCCAACCGCAUGCAAGACCUGAGAGGGCUCUGGAACGAGCUGAGGGGCAUCCCUGCCUUGCAGUUCCUGAACCUUUCACACAACCUGAUCUCAAGGUGCUCUGAGCACCAGGACAGAGCCAUGCCCAGGCACAGCCAGCUCAGGGUGCUGGACCUUUCCGAGAACUCCCUGAAUAUCGUCUGGAAUGCAGGGGGCUGUGUGGAUGUCUUCCACCAUCUAGACAGGCUGGCAGCCUUGAAUCUCAGCAGAAACAACCUCCAGACCUUACCUGAGGGCCUCUUCCAGGGGCUGGUGUCUCUCCAGGCUCUGGACCUAUCUGGGAACCUCAUGGCCAUGCUUCCUGAUGGGCUGUUCCGGGACCUGCGCUCCCUGCAGGUGCUAGGGCUGCAGGGCAACCCCUUGGUGACUCUGUCACCAUCUGCUCUUCAGCCGCUCCAGGCACUAGCAUUCCUGAAUCUCCAGGAGGUCUCUCUGCUUUGCCACUGCAGCUUGCGGGACCUGGAGGCUUGGCUGCACUCCACCAACGUGACCCUGAGUGGUGGGAAGGAAGGGGUUACCUGUUUUAUGCCCACGCCUCCCUUCCCACGAAUGCCCCUCCUUUUCUUCAUCCAAAGCAGCUGUGUCCAGUAG